GGGCUACACCUGUGGGCCAAUUAUAUUGUGGAUUGACUUUUGCCUGCAGCCUGAUUGGCUGCUCCUACAGGCCAAUCAGGUAGCAGAUUCACUUCUGCCCGCCGCCUGAUUGGCUGCUCCAGCAGGCCAAUCAGGUUGCGGAUUCACUUCCACCUGGAGUUGGAUUGGGUAGCUCCCGCUGAAUCUGAAUCCUAUUGUUCUAGGAUUCAGCUCAGUACAUAACAGAAACACAGUGGAACUGGGAGAGGCAGCCAUCUUCUCCUUCACACCUUGGGCUGGGCCUGAAUGGGGGAUUAAUGGACCAACGGCCUUCUGCCCCCUUGCACCUUCCCUGGGGGUGGGGUGGGGGUGCCCACCCUCAAAAUGCAGAGCCCAGGACUGGCAGGGAGAGGACCUGGAUCGUGCUCACACCCAGCCUCUUGGGUGCUCGAUCUUCUUUCUCCCCAUCUCUCUUGCUUGCAGGGAAGGACGGAUUCUGCCCCGCCUCCCCCAAUGGGCUGUAUGACCCCCCCUGCAAGGUGGACUGCGAAGCGGACAGCGAGUGCACCGGGGGAAAGAAGUGCUGUGAAUUAGCCUGCAAACACGUCUGCCUGCCUGCCAGCAAAGAGAAGCCCGGGAUCUGCCCGCCAUCGCCGAUGAGGAAGCUCCAGGCGCCUUUGGUGUGCAGCACUUCCUGCAUGGACGACGCCAGCUGUCCCAGGGCGCAGAAGUGCUGUGACUCAGGCUGUGGAGGCCGAGUGUGCAGGAUGCCUAUUGAAGAGAAGCCUGGGAAAUGCCCCCUGGUGCAACGGAAGACGCCCUCGGGAGGAAGAGGAGGAGAGCUGUGCAGCAACGCCUGCGUCCACGACUGGCAGUGCAAAGAGGAUCAGAAGUGCUGCUUCUCGGGCUUCUCCAUGCAAUGCACCAAUGUCCCCCAAGGUGCCAAGGCAGGAGGGGGCAGGCCAGGGUCCCCUGCAUCCAGCACCUCCUAAAGGAGGACUCCGAGGAGGACUGUUGGGUCUGGCCGUGGACUUGAAGACUUUCCGUCCGGAACACAGUAUUGGGGGGGGGGGCUUCUGCAGGAGAGAGUCCCAGGAGGGUCCCCAAGAAACCAGUGCAGCCAUUUAGGGUGCAUUAUCUUCCAGAUGGGGUGCUGCCCCCCUCUGGCCUCCUGUGGUACUGCUUCUGGCAUGCCCUUUCCCCUUCCCAGACUGUCCCAGCUAGGCUUACUUUAACCAGGGGCAAAACCAGACUUUGUUUCACCCGAUUCAAAGACCCAGUUUGGCACACACUCCCAUGCACACACAGGCUGGGAGCCUCAUUGGCGUCCCUCUGUCUGGAGGCUUCACUGGGGCAAAAUACCCAGCUGCUCACACCUCCCUUCCACAGGCAAAGACUAAAUCUCACACUGGAGGGGGAAGGUGGAGUUCACCCUGUCCACAGAGAUGGAGGCUUCCGCAGUCCAUUAGCAGAGGAGGAGGGCGGAAUCCGGAGCCCAAAGCACAGCUCAGAGCAAGCCACCCUCUCCAAGCAUGCAAAGGAAGAGCCAGUAAACAAUCCUAAAAUGCUGCUGGCUCCCUUUGGCCAGCGACCCCCUGAAACCAGGUGCCAUGUGAGAAUCUGUAUGGAUGUUUAGCUCUGUAUAUGUGUUGGGCAUUAAUAAAAAGAACCUGC